CCCGCUGGUCUCUCUCGCGCUCCUCGGCCACGAUGGCCGCCGCAGCAGCAGCAGCCAGCUCGCCGCAGCGUCCGCAGGCCGUGGCACGCCCCGUGCGCUGGCUGCUGCUCGCGGCGCUGGCCCACCGCUGCGCCGCGCUGCUCCUGCUGCUGCUCUUCGCGCACCUGCAGCGCCCCUUCGACGCCUCGGCGCCCGCAUCGCCGGCGCCGCUGCUGCGCUGGGACAGCACCUACUUCCUCGCCAUCGCGGCGCCACACGCCCUGCGCGGCGCACCGCACGGCUAUGCCUACGAACACACGGCCGCCUUCAUGCCCGGCACACCGGCGCUGCUGCGCGUCGCCGGCACGGCGGGCGGCCUUGCGGCGUGGAGCUCGGAGCGCGCCGCCUGGGGCGCCAGUCUUGCCUGUCUGCUCGCUGGUGUCGCCUGUCCAGCCCUGCUCUACCUCCUCAGCGUGCGGCACUUCGCUCCGCGCUUCUCGCUGCUCGCCGCGCAGCUCUCCAUCCUCGCGCCGGCACCUAUGUCGCUCGUCACGCCGACGCCCGAGGCGCCCUUUGCGCUGCUCUUCCUCGCCAUGUGCCUGCUGCUGGCACCGCCCACAGGAGCACGCGCCAGUGCACCGCUGCUUAGAGUCGGCCGCUUCGUUGCAGCGGCACUGCUCGGCGCAGGUACGACGGUGUUCCGCGCCAACGGCAUGCUCAGCGCCGGCCUGCUGCUCUGGUCGUUACUGUGGGACAUGCCGCGAGGCUGGAGCGUACGCACGCUACCGCGCUUUCUCUUGGUGCCGCUGGCCUUUGCGCCCGUCGUGCCGUUUGCCCUGAUGCAGGUCUGGCUACACGCUCGCAUGUGCCAUGCACCAGCGGACGAGGGCCUGUUGUCGCAGAUGAGCAGCAGCCUCUUCGCUGGCUCGAGCGAGGGUGCUGAAUGGGCUGCGCCCGAGUGGUGCUCCGGCUGGCGUGGUGCCUACGGCAGCAUCCAAGCGCGCUACUGGAACGUCGGCUUCCUGCGAUACUGGACGCCUGCGCAGGUGCCCAACUUUCUGCUGGCUGCGCCGGUCCUCGUGCCGCUGCUGCACUACCUAUGGCGCUACUACCUCAGUGCGCCACAGCGGAUAGCCAGCCGCACGCUACUGCCCUUCCUGCCGGCGUCGGCCGUCGGCUCGUCGAGAAACAGCGCACUGCUGCCGGCGUCGGCCUUGCCGCUCAUGCACCACACGCUCAUCUCGACGGGGCUGCUGCUCUUCGUGGCGCACACGCAGAUCGCACUGCGCUUGUGUGCCGCUAUGCCGGCCGUCUGGUGGGCCUUUGCCAGCUGGCUUGUCGAGCCGGCACGCACGCAGCCGAGCGACAAAACGAGUCUGGACAAGCGCUCCUCGUACCUGCUGGCUUGGCUGGUACUGUGGAACGUCGCCAGCCUGGUGCUGGGCGCUGGCUUCUAUCCGCCGGCCUGAGGUGUCUCGCCUCGGUCAAUGCAACACGUCACACACAAGGCGACACGCAAUCGGCUGCGAUUCGUGCGAUGCUGCAUAGGCAGGAGGUACAUGCUGGGUGUGGAGGCUGCGCAUGAGAGCUGUAUAAUGUAUGGGAGCGAAAGAGAAGAGAGUCGGGAGAGAGGAAAGGCAAGAUGGGCGGUGACAGGCCCACCUGCGGCGACUGGCCGUCCAAGAGAGGCCCGCCGCGAUGGUGCCGUCAGAGAGAGGAACACCUUUCGAUGGGGAGCGCACUCGCGAGGGUGCGCUG